AAGUAGCAGGUUGCAUGCAUGCACGUACACGUACACCAGCACGUACACAUGGACGUCCACAUGCAGACGGCACAUGAAUGCGGACGUCCACCAGCACGACACAUGCAUGUACAGCAGCAUAUUUAUAUUAUGUUUUCGGUCAAUGGCGAGAUUUAUAACCAUGAGGAGCUGCGCAAAAAGUUCAAGGAUAGUCACAAAUUCCACACAGCUAGCGACUGUGAAGUCAUUGCUCAUCUGUACGAGGAGAUCGGAGAGGACGUCGUCCACGAGCUGGACGGGAUGUUCUCGUUCGUGCUCUAUGACUCCCGCAAUGGAAACUUCAUGGCAGCUCGUGAUCCUAUUGGUAUCACCCCCCUAUACAUCGGUUGGGGAAGGGAUGGUGCGGUCUGGUUUGCCUCGGAGAUGAAGGCGCUUAUCGAUGACUGCGUGCACUUCCAAUGGUUCCCGCCUGGCCAUCUGUACUCCAGCGUCAAUGGUGUACUCCGGCCAUACUUCAACCCUCCGUGGUGGAAUGAGAAGUACAUCCCGACAGCACCCCUCGACUACAUGGCUAUCCGAAAGGCGUUCACCAAGGCUGUUGUCAAGCGGUUGAUGACAGAUGUGCCCUUCGGAUUGCUUCUAUCUGGCGGUCUAGAUUCCUCGUUGGUGUCUGCUGUGGCGGCUCGGCAUAUCAGGGAGUCCAGCGUUGGUGACAAGUGGGGACAUCAACUGCACUCCUUCACAAUUGGCCUGAAGGGUUCGCCAGACUUGAAGGCAGCAAGAGAGGUCGCCGAACAUAUCGGGACGUUGCACAACGAGCUCCACUUCACAGUUCAGGAGGGUAUCGAUGCGCUGUCUGAUGUGAUCUAUCACAUCGAGACGUAUGAUGUCGUCACCAUUCGAGCCAGCACGCCCAUGUUCCUGAUGGCCAGGAAGAUAAAGGCGCAGGGUGUGAAGAUGGUUCUCUCCGGCGAGGGAUCCGAUGAAGUUUUUGGAGGCUAUCUCUACUUCCAUAAGGCACCAAACAAGGAGGAAUUCCACAAAGAGCUGCUCAGGAAGAUUAAAUUGCUGCAUCUGUACGACUGCCUGCGAUCAAACAAGGCGACAUCUGCGUGGGGCCUAGAGGUCCGCGUGCCCUUCUUGGACAAGGAGUUCCUCGACGUGGCGAUGAACUUCGAUCCAUCAGAGAAGAUGAUCCGCAAGAGCGAGGGCCGCAUUGAGAAGUAUGUGAUGCGGAAAGCGUUCGAUGAUGUUGAGCAGCCCUACCUCCCAAGGAGCAUUCUUUACAGACAGAAGGAGCAAUUCAGUGAUGGUGUUGGCUACAGUUGGAUUGAUGGACUGAGGGAGCAUGCGGAGACCCGGGUCACUGACAAGAUGAUGGCGAAUGCAAAGAACAUCUUCCCUGAAAACACUCCCUUGACAAAAGAGGCCUAUCUCUACCGCAUGAUUUUCGAGAAGCACUUCCCACAUGCUUCUUCUCGUGCUACAGUCCCCGGUGGCCCAAGUGUGGCUUGCAGCACUCCAGCGGCGCUUGCCUGGGAUGAAUCUCUGAAGAACAACAUCGACCCGUCAGGCCGUGCCGUGGGAGUCCACAACUCAGCAUUCGAGCCAGGACAAGCCCCAGCUGUUUCUUCCAGCAUCGCUACAAGCAAUGGGGUUGCUGCACCGUCACCGCAACCCCCGACUGUUGCAGCUGCUUAAGGAAAGCAUGAGGUGCCCUGCAUGCACACUUUGUGCAGUGCGAAACAGGAUCUAGUUUCAGCUGUUUGUGCAGCGAGGGAAGUUUCAUAGUCAUUUCCAUCCGCAAGGAUACAGAGCAAUCAUAUAUAGAGAUGCACGGAGAGAGAGAGAGAGAGAGAGAGAGAGGAUGCUCACCACCUCAAAGCCAGACCAGUUGGGGCUAACCAGGCAGGCAAGCAGGAUUGGGAUCCAGAUAAUGAAGGAAGGAUUGCCUUCAUGCCACGUGGCAUCAUGGUGUCUCAGUUGGCUUUCCAGCUGGCAGGCUGAGGGCGAUUCAUCAGCAGACGAUAUCAGACUUUGAAGCAACAGGCUCUACACUGACGCUUUUCAUGACCUAGCGCAUGGAGGCAUCUCCACUCGAGAGGAUGACACGUUCAGCAUUUGAUCCCAUGUCAAGCAAGGGAUGACUGGACGCACUGGAGUAAUGAUAAGGAGAGGCAGAGGCGGAGGCAGAGGCAGUUUCUCCCUCUACUAACAAGGACCCAGCUGCCUUUUGUAUUACCCUCCUGUCAGUGAGGAGAGCAGAUGAAGCCAUUAUCAAUAACAUGUGGAUGGCGGUCAAGGGUACCCUCCUGUCGGUGAGGAGAGCAGAUGAAGCCAUGCGGUAGUUGGAGAAGAAAUGAGGAGGAGACACCUAGGAGGUCGACCCGACGACUUGGCGGCUUCGGUCCUGCAAGCGAGCGUGUGGAUUUUGCCCUGGCGCGCAGACAUUUCACAGAGUCCGUGCCAGACGGGGAUGCCAAGCCCAAUACUUCGUGCCAUGGCUGCUACUUGCCUUUCUGCUUACCCGCCCGCCUGCUACUCGCCUCACCACGUUCGCCCAUUCAUAUCAGCCCUAGUGCAACCAAACUGGCCUUUUUAUCGCCUGAUCGACCGACGAAUUGGCGACAAUGAACAUUGCUUGUUGAUGCUGUGGGCGACUAUAUGAUUAUAUGCUUUGACACGCACAACCACUAUGUGCCCACUGCUGGUCUGCUCCAGCACUCUUUUCUUGGUCAGCAGAGAGUGCGGAACUGGUUCUUGUAUUGCACGAUUAACAAUGAAGAAGGCUGGUUGGUGACUUCAGUGAAUACGACGACAUGACGAUUUGAUAACGUGAAUGCUUCACGGCAUAGCAUAGCAUCGGGUUUGUUAAGCCCUACCUGUUUUAGGUAGAUAGUAGAUAGCUAGCUAUGAUGACUGGCUAGCUGAAUAGAUAGAUAGAUAAAUAGUAAAUACAUAUUAGAUAGAUAGAUAGAUAGAUCGGUUGCCUUAUUGAUUGAUUGGCUGAAGGCAUUUCAUUGGCAUUUUGCCUUUCUGCCACUGGCGUAACUCGCUGCAGAUUGGGAUCAUCGUUUUCUUCAAGUGACUGUGCACCGCAUUGCUUCUCUACCUGCUUUCCGGUUUCCCAGGUGUUCAUUACAAAUUGCUGGGUUGUCCUCUGCCAUGACCAUGGUAUCGUACUUCCCCCUUUUAUUAUAUAUAACACCUUCCCCCACCCACAUCACAGCCAUGACCAUGAUUAGACCAUAUGUGAGAUCAUGAAAUCUGCACUCGUGAGUCGUUGACCUGCUGUAACGGCGUGUGUAGUUGGCCGUUGAAAAGGCAUGGAGUGCAUGGAGUGUGGGUGUGGGUUGCACUGCACUGGAGUGCUGGUCUAGAUAGGGAAGGGGGGGGAGGUUGGACAUCACCUCUUUUGUAGCAUGGGCCAUGGCUAGGCCGCUGGCCUGUAUCAUUGGCGAGACGAGUGAGGACUGAAUUCAGGAGUGGCGUGCGCACAUAUAUGCGCAGGACAGAAGUUUGUAGGAUUUGAGAUUUGUAGGCCAACCAACAAGUCUGCGCCAUGUAGAAGUGCCAUCAUAUCAUCAUGUACCAUAAUGAGAAUUA